GAAUUGCAUAACCGAGCCAUAGCGAUGUCUUGUACGGAGGUGGAAGAUGUGCAAAACCUUGCGACAUCCUUUGAAAAUCUCGGCCGCCCUCCCACAACAGGUAUAACGAAAUUGGGUAGGUCUAACUCUUUGAAAAACCUAGCAGGCUGGCGUGAGAGUGUCGGCACCUUUUCUCUGGGUACGAGGAGGAGUAAACCAUGGAGUUCCUUCUCCCUUAAAACUCUGUCAUCAACCAAAGCCGCGUCUGCCGGUAUAACGAAAUUGGGUAGAUCUAACUUUCAGAAAAACCUAGCAAGUAAGAGUGUCGGCACCUUUUCUCUGGGUACGAGGAUGAGGAAAUCACGCAGUUGGCCCUCCCUUGAAACUCUGUCAUCAACCAGAGCCGCUUCUGCUGGAAACAACAAGGUGGAGAGCAAACUAGUACCCUCCUCUAUUCCACAGGUUUCAGGAGGAGUGGUGGUAUCCCUAUUUGUUUCUGCUGCACAAAGCAAUCCAAUUUUUAGUUUCCCUCCACCUGAGUUUUGCAGCAAGUGUUGUUUAGAGCAUCUUCCUCGGCAAGCUUGCCCCUGUACUAUUUGUUAUAGGCAUCACAUAUAUAGGCGCUGCCCUUAUGAAAGCAUUUUGCCGCAAGGGGCUGACUUUAACCGGGUUUACUUCACAGCAGUUUGCGCCUUUGAUGACCCUGGUGAAUUUGAUGAGGAGAAGUGGGCUUGUACUUGGUGUCAUAGGAAAGAAGCCAAAGUUAGGGGCAAGAGAUGUUGUAUUUGCAUGGGAAGACACUGCCCCUAUGAAUGCCCUAAGGACGUGGUGACAGCUGCCCAAUAUAUGGCUUUGCGAGAAUAUCGUCUUGCAUUUCCGAAGACAGCCGAAAGAACAUUGAGAACACACUGCUCCUAUGAAUGCCCUGAGGACGAGGUGCAAGAUUCCCAGUUUAUUAUGGCCUUGCGAGAAUAUCGUCUUUCAUUUCUGAAGAAAGCCGAAAGAGCAUUGUCAAAGAAACUUUUGACCUAA